AUGCAUAGAGCGGCGACAGCUCGACUGCUUCGGCAGGCUCUGAGAGUAGGCGAAGCUGCGCCCUCGACGGCAGUGCCGCUGUAUCUGUGCCCUGCAGUUGCCGGACUAUCAAGCAAGCUCUCGAGUAUAAGUCUGGGCGCGGCAACGAGCAUCUGCCAACGACGAAGAAACCACACCGAAGCGGUAUCAUCAUCCAGCCAUGCCGAAUCGAACACGACGCCGUCGCCGCCAGUACCACCACCUCAGCCAUCACAGAAGCCGGUGCGAAGACUGCCAUUGACCUGUUCCGGGUGUGGCGCAUUCACGCAGACCGAAGACCCGGACCAGCUUGGCUACGUCGACGUCAGCAAGAAGAGGGUGAGGGAAUGGCUGCACCCAGUCGCACGGCGGACGAGUGUCGCGGACGGCGACGAGGAGGACAAGAUUGUCAAUGCUGCGCUGGAGUCUUUGGACCAGAGCAGGCUGAAGGAGCUUGGCCUGGAUCCUGCGGCGCUUCUUGAAGGCAGCGAGCCCGAGAUGAUAACGCAUCAAAAGCCACCCGUUUGCGAACGCUGCCAUGACUUGCUACAUCACAGCACAAAGGGCGGCACCGCUAAGCUCACCAUGUUCCAUCCGACCGUCGAGUCUCUGCGGGAAACGAUCGAGGAGUCGCCUCACAAAUACAACCACAUCUACCACGUCAUCGACGCUGCCGACUUCCCCAUGUCCCUCAUCCCGCGACUCAACGUGCUGCUGGGCGACAUUCCGCUGCGCACGCGCAAUCGCCGCUCUCGGGCGGGCAAGUUCCAGAACGAUCGCAAGACCGAGAUGAGCUUCAUCAUCACCAGGGGUGAUCUCCUGGGCCCAACCAAGGAGAUUGUGGACUCCAUGAUGCCCUACUUGAAGGAUGUCCUGCGCGACGCUUUGGGAAGGCUUGGUCAGCGAGUUCGACUGGGCAAUGUUAGAUGUGUCAGUGCGAGACGAGAUUGGUGGACCAAGGCGGUCAAGGAGGACGUCUGGAGCCGUGGAGGCGCUGGGUGGUUGCUUGGCAAAGUCAACGUGGGCAAGAGCCAGCUCUUUGAAGCCAUCUAUCCCAAGGGCAGAAUGGUCGAAAAGCCAGAGCGCGCCAGUGUAUCGACGUAUCCAAGAGGCUCGCCCACGACAUCAGAAGAUGCCUUGGCGGAAGACGAGAGUCUGGCGACUGUCAAUCUCGGAUCUCUGCUUCCGCCUCCGCAGCCGGCCCAGAACUACCCAGAUAUGCCCAUCGUUUCGUCACUUCCUGGAACGACUGCAUCUCCCAUCCGUAUCCCCUUUGGCAACGGCAAGGGAGAGCUGAUUGAUCUGCCUGGGCUGGCACGCAGCGAUCUUGAGCUGUAUGUGAAGGAAGAGCAUAGGCAAUCACUCAUCAUGAAGAAGCGCAUCGUUCCCGAGCAGGUCACUGUCAAGCCCGGGUCCUCGCUGCUCCUGGGUGGAGGAUUAAUUCGAAUCACGCCUCGAACACCCGAUAUGAUCUUCCUCAUGUACAACUUUACGCCACUUGACGAGCAUCUCACGUCGACAGAGAAGGCAAUCGCAUUCCAGAACCAAACUCACCAAUCCACCGGUCUAGAAAACAUCACUGUGCCAGGAGCUGGAGAUAAGAUGAAGCGCGCUGGUACAUUCAAGCUGGAUCACGAUGUCACCAAGAAGAGGGCCGGACCACUGACCAGGAAGAACGCCAUUGGCCUGAGCGUCGAACAAUUACCAUUCCGUGUGUUGUCCGUGGAUAUCCUUAUCGAAGGCGUCGGAUACGUGGAGAUUGUAGCCCAGGUUCGCAAGAGGACGCUGGAGCGCAUACUGGAAUCCCAAAAUGCGCCCAAAGAGGUCGAGCCAAGCACGAGCCCAGCAGAGGAGCCAAAAGACACCAGCGACCCGUUUUCCAGCAUGUACAACAUGAGGAGGGACACGGCGGCCAAUGAUGGCCGGGCCACGGAGCCCAAGGUGCAGCUGCAGCCUCAGGAGUCACCAGACUGGCCGGCCGUCGACGUUUACUCGCCGGAGGGCAAGUUUAUUGGGUCGAGGAAGCCGAUCAACGGAUGGCUAAACAACAAGCCACGCGAGCUGGCGGAGCACAAGAGGAGCCGGCCCCGGAGAAGCAUGAAGGGGGCGAAGAAGCUGGAGAAGCAGCGAAUGCGCGCGCGCCAAGGGGCUUGA